AUGGUCGUGCAGGGCAGAAUGGACGCCGGGGACACAAGGGUGGGCGUGCAGCUGGAGCCCUUCCUGCACCAGGUCGGAGGGCACCUGAGUGUCAUGCAGUAUGAUGAACACACUGUGUGCAAGCCCCUCAUUUCCCAGGAGCAGAUGUUCUACGAGUCCCUGCCGCUGGCCAUGAAGCGGUUCACCCCUCAGUACAAAGGCACCAUCACGGUACACCUCAGGAGAGACAGCAGGGGCCACCUCAGCCUGGUUGCCAAUCCACUGAAGGAGAACCAGGGGUCCUUCAAGGUCUCCACUGAGUCGGCAGCGGUGGCGAUAUGGCAGACGUUCCAGCAGACCACCGGGGACAUUGGUGGUGGCACCCACCCCCUAGCACAAUGGCAGCACACCCCGCUGGCACACUCGCUCAAGGAGAGUCCAGCCCAGUCACUCCUGAGGCCAGACUUGCACUUCAACCCCGAAGUCUCUACACUGGUGGAUGACGCUGGUAGGAGCCAGACAGAGAGGAGUUUCAAUCCGUGGGGCCUGCAAUGCCACCAGGCCCAUCUGACCCGCCUGUGCUCCGAGUACCCAGAGAACAAGCGGCACCGGUUCUUGUUGCUGGAGAACGUGGUGUCACAGUACAAACACCCCUGUGUCUUGGACCUGAAGAUGGGGACACGGCAGCAUGGGGAUGAUGCAUCUGAGGAGAAGAAGGCCCGCCACAUGCAGAAGUGUGCGCAGAGCACAUCGGCCUGCCUGGGCGUUCGCAUCUGUGGCAUGCAGGUUUAUCAAACUAAUAAGAAGCACUUUCUCUGCAAAGACAAAUACUAUGGAAGGAAACUCUCAGUGGAGGGGUUCCGACAAGCCAUCCAUCAGUUCCUGCACGACGGGACUCGCCUCCGCACAGAGCUCCUGGAACCCAUCCUACACCAGCUCCAGGCCCUGCUCCUGGUCAUAAGGAGCCAGAGCUCAUACCGGUUCUACUCCAGCUCUCUCCUCAUCAUCUACGAUGGGCAGGAGCCCCCAGAAACAGUGCCAGGUGACCUGCAUUCUCAAGAGGCUCUACACACGGCCCUUGGCAACUCCCCUGGAAACCUCACCAAAGUCGACAUCCGGAUGAUCGACUUUGCUCACACGACAUACAAGGGCUCCUGGAAUGAGCUCACCACCUAUGACGGACCAGACCCUGGCUAUAUUUUUGGCCUGGAAAACCUCAUCCAGAUCCUACAAGAUAUCCAAGGAGGAGAAUGA